UACAAAGAUUUGUGCUGGGGGCUUGAUUAGAGUUAAUUCUAGUAGUUGGGUUUCAGGAUUCAUGGUUAAUGUGGGGUAUACCUCUAUUCUUAUAGCAGAACUUUGGGGUCUUAGAGAAGGGCUUCGGUUAUGCCAAUUCCUUGGACUUUCUCGUGUUAUUGCAGAAAUGGACGCUUUCAUAUCUGUUUGCCUUGUCAAUGAGAACCGAGAACCAGAUAAUUUGUUUUUAGCUAUUUUAUUGGAAAUUAAAAACUUGAUGCAGGGAAUUGAUGUGUGUAUAUUGCAGCAUACUUUAAGAGAAGAUAAUGCUGCAGCAGACUAUUUAGCUUCCCUGGGACACUCAACUGCACCAGGAUUACAUAUUUGGGAUUCUCCACCAAGUGAACUAUGGAAUAUCCUUGAAGGGGAUCAAAUGGGGGUCAUAGAAGAUGGAAGUGCAAGUCAAUUACCCCAUGCAAAUGAGUGAUUGUUAUGAUAGAGUAACCAUUAAGCUUAUUUUGUUUAGUGUUAGGUUUGUUUUGGAUAUGAAUUAAGCUUAUUUUGUGAAGUUUAUAGCUUACUUUAUGAAAUUUAUAGUUAUAGCUUACUUUGUGAAACUUGUAAAAAUUUGCAAUGAGCUUACUUUGUGAAGCUAUACUUUGUGAAGCUGUACAUUGUGAAGUUUAUAAAAGUUUGCAAUGUAC